AUGUAUUAUUGGGAACAAGAACUCAUCGCUACACUACGCGAUCAACAAGAAAUCUAUGGCAGACGUCUCGAUCAAAUCUUUCUCACAUGGAACAAAUCGGAGGAAGCUCUUCAUCAACUUAUCGAAACGAUAAAUACAGCAUCCAAUAGGUAUCAUUUUCAUCUGACGAUAACGAUCAACAAGAACAACAUUACUUAUCUUGAUGUCAAUAUGAGUCAUAUUGGUCGUCGAUUGAGAACAACAGUAGCACAUAACAUCACAACGCAUCCGUAUGCACUACCCUAUGUCUAUGGUCAUCGAACAUCGCGUGUCCUUACUCUAUUACGAUCGUGUUUAAUGCGCGCUGCUCUGUGUUGUUCAGAAUUCUAUGAUUUUAUUAAUGAAUGUCAUGAUAUACAGGGUCUCGCCUUGUUUCUACACGAUUUUCAUGUCGACGAACUACGAUUGGAUCUUAACGAAGCAGUUUAUAAUUCUCGUCUUUAUGUACAGUUACGUCAAAAUAUUUUUCAAGCCAUUCAUGAGCCGCCAACAACAACAACAACAACAACAAACACACAAACAGAGCAGUGA